AUGGCGUCGGAUUCUACAGAUGAGAAAUUUGAAAGUCUUAUGAAACAUUAUAUGGAAUACUUUUUCGCUCGAGAACGUUUUCGAGUACGAAUAACUCAAAAACAGGAACAAGAUGUUAUUGAGACAUAUAAGAAAAUGUUGGAUCUUGGAAUUAAAGGAGCAACUGAUCCUGGUCCAUCGCUUCAAUGGUUUAAGGAAUUUUUCGCCGAAAAUUGGGAAUGGUUCCAGUCAGAAGGGAUUGGUUUGAUGAAUGAUGAUCUAUUUCCACGAGAAGAAGUGGCAAAGCUAUACUCAAAAUUGGAAGACAUUGGAAAGGGGCCGAAACCCGGAUUAGCUGAUAAAGAUGAAAAGUUUAUUACACAAUUGAACUAUUGUAAAAUUCAUUCGCUACGAAUGCGAAUUCCUGGGGAAAUAAUAUCUAUCACUAAGAAACAGAAUCAAGAGGCAAUGGUAAGCUGGAAAACACUACUGGAUUAUGUGUUGAAAAAUACUGAACGAAAAGCCGAACUCAGCACAGCUGAAGAGGAAACAUUGCGUAGUGAUUUUGAACGUUGGCUUUUUUAUAAUCACAAAUUUAUUAAAGUGCAGAUUGGAAUUAUUAGAAAGAAUGAAAUUGGCAGUGACGAAGAUCGUAAUGAGUUACAGAAUUAUCUUGAAAAGGUUGCAGAGAAAUUAAAGAAAUGGGCACCGUUAACAUAUCGUAUUUUUGGACUUCCAUGUGGUAUCGAUGGUGGUCCACUUGGCAAUGAAAAGAUAGAUUUGACAUUGAUGACGGAAGAUGUUGAUUUGAUUACACAAUUUUUUGAAGAUCGCAAAUAUAAACACCAAGCAAUACCAGGUUUAACUCGAACACAUUUGAAAAAUAAAGCUCUUCAACCGAAUAAUAAAAACUUUCCAGCAUCAACUCUAUUUAAUAACAUGGACGAAGUUCGGGAACUGUUAGCAUCACGCUAUAUUUCGUUAAGUACUGAUAAAUCACUUUUUCACGAUUACCGUUGCAGUUCGCUUUUAACUGAUCGAACAGGCGUAUUCACCGGUAACGGCGUCGUUUUUAUUUACAUUACUGGACAUGGAAUGUCACCGGAAUUAGCGAACGAGUUAAUGAAAGGACUCAUACCAUUAGACAAGAAGCAUCCGCAGUACAAAGGGUAUUUGGUUGCACAACCAGGACAUGGUUGCCUUCGUCCUGAUGAACUAUUAGAAGGUGGACAGAUUGUUGCUUUUACGAAAUUCAUUGGAGUUCAAGAUUUUAUUCUUGAAUUUCUUGAAACAUGUCGAACGAAUCAGGUGGAAGAGAGUAUUAGUCCAGAUUUCGAAUCAGAACCAGAAAUAUUUCAGCAACGUCAUCUUGUUAUUGUUGCUGAUGCGUGUUUUUCUGGAAACUGGAUUAAAAAUAAUCUUGCUGAACAAUUCAAAGCAGCCUACAUUAAAGGGACCGACAUUUCAAUAACAAUUCAAACGUCAACAAAUGGACAACUGCCUUCUUAUGGUUAUUUCUUUACACCAUUAUUUGUCGAACUACAGACACUCGAUGAAAAAACGUUAGCUGAUCUUGCUAACGAGUUCACUAGGCUCAGCAAAGAAUCCAAAAGUCCGUUUUCCACUCAACUUCAAGAACGACUUAGAGUGGAAGAGUUGCCUACUCCACAGUUCUGUUAUUAUGAAACUGUUUGUAAUUCGCAAAAAAACGAUCAGAUGAACUAUCUUCUUCCGAAUCCUCGUGCUUAUGAAAAUAAACUCUAUUUUACCGUUCAUAAUCUAAAUUUUUUUGUCGAUUCAAAUUUCUUCGCCUUUUUAUCCCUUCGACAUAUGAAUAAUUCGUUAGGACCUGAUAUUAGCAGCCUUAAAUUGAGACCGCUAUUGAAUCGUGAUGAAGGUCAACAGUUUUUAGAGCGGCUAACUCGAGCAAAGACAAUUAAGAUACGUGGUAUGAAAUUGAAAAAGUUUAAAGAUAAUACGCCAAUGUGUAUUGCAGCAGUGCGAUCCCCCGACAAUAAAUUUCAAGGAAAGCAUAUUUUAACAGAGAUUGGUGAGUACUGGUAUCAUCUUCAUGUUCAUUUCGAUGGUGUCAGUAACAAUCGAACACCGUUUCCAGGAAAAAUCACGCAUAUUAAAUUAGUUUAUGCUGAUGAAGGUGCAUUACAGUAUAUUCAACGUGGUCAAUACGAUGAACAAGAUAUCUUUAGUGACGCGUCGGAAGAUAAUCAAGAUGAUUAUGAAGCUAUGGGAGGCAAACUAGCAGCUGUUAGGUUUGUUAAACGAAACGCUGAGUUUUUUGUUGGCAACUGGAAGAAGUACCGUAACGAACUAAAGACAUGCUUGGUAGAGUGGGGACAAAUGCAACCAAUAAAUACGUUUCUGUCAAAAGGCCAAGUACAAAAUGGUAUUGAAGUUGAAGAACGAGAUAAAAUCUUAUUCAGAAACAUCUGGAGUGAUAAAAGUUUAUGGGAAAAGUUACAACCAGUGCAGUUCGGAGCAGUUUUAGUUCGACAGAGAUCUCGUUGUUUGACUACGAGCCAAGAAUUAGUUGGUCAGAUUGUAGACAGAAUCAGAACAGAAUUUUUAGACGACAGAUAUCUCGAGUACAAACCAAAAGAAGAAAAAAAGAAGCAAGAGGAACGACCUGCAAUUGAAUAUAUGGAUGCGUAG